AAUAAAUGAGAAAAUGAAACUCUCAACAUUAUGAUAAAACUAUAUGAAAGCAUUUUAUGUGUACAAAGUGCACUCUAGAGUGUAGAGUGCAGUUGACGUUUAAAUUCAAAAGUGGCAGUGCUGGUCUAGAAUUAAUUGAAUUACUUGGUACGGCGACAAAUGAAAGGAUGAAUGUCAAUAUCCGAUGCUUAUCACUGGACUUGAUGGACAAGAAAUUCCAUAUAGGGUGGCUCCACAACAAUUUGGAAGACGUCACCGGUGACCGUUGGGAAUGCAGCUUUGGAGUCUGCUCUGCUAACUGCCUCGUGAAUCAGACUUCAGAUCUCUUAAAACGACCACAUACUUCAGUCUGGGGGUUCUCAGAUCCCGCACAAACGUGUUACAUCUGAUGUGUUGGUGUUCAUACUACACCAAGUUGUGUGUGUGAAUGAAAUAAAUAAAAAGAGGGAACGCAAAAAGAAAAAAUAUUUUAGAGAAAAUCAAGAGUUGUGGCGUCAUGAGAAAAAAGAAGAAGAAUAGUGCAGACCAGUUAAGGAAAUGAGUAAUUACAGUGAGAAACGGGGGUAAGGCAUGAUUGUAUAAUAUGGAUCAAUGCAAUCACGUCUAGUUAUAUACAUCAUCCAAUGUUGCUAUGGUCGGUAACCCCUUAGCAGUAGUCUAACCUACAUGUGACUCAGAAAUUCUAAGCAUAGGUUCCCAAUCGA